AUGAGCCCACAUAAGACGAUACUGAUGGAAAUAGCUAAGGGACUAGGGCGGCCUAUCAAAGUCGAUUUGACAACUUUGAACAUUGAGAGAGCUAGGUUUGCGAGAAUAUGUAUGGAGGUGAAUCUGAAUAAACCGUUAAAAAGAUCAGUGAUGAUUAACGGUGAGAGGUACUUUGUCUCUUAUGAAGGUAUCUCAGCGAUUUGCUCGACAUGUGGUAUGUAUGGACACCUUGUCCACGCAUGUCCAAGAAAUGUGAUAGAACGAACUCUUGUCCCUGUAACUCGAGUAAUCACAAUGCAUGAGAGUACUGAAUCCAUACGUAUGGAAGAGGAAUUUACUCAAGUAAGACAUGCGAGGAAAAAGCCUGAGCAACAGAAACAGAUAGACUCUGGCUCGCGAGGUAUUAAUGGAAGAGCUAUGGUGGGGACCAAGGAACGGGAAGCACAUAAGGGUGGUGCGUUGGAGGAAGUCAGGGUGUCGAAUAGAUUUGGAAGCUUAAAUGAAGAGGGGGAGAAGGAAGAACUAGCGGAGGUUGCUGGGGGAGAUGAUGGGAAUAAGGAGAAUGAGAAUACUGUUAACCUUAAUCCGGGAAGUUCAAGUAAAGUGCAUGGGAAAGCCAUAGCUUUUGCAGCGACUGGGAACAAGGGGACGCAGGCGCCAGUCCGUGUGGGUUUCAAAGAAAAGAAGGCCCUUAACUUGAGAAACCCGAAUUUUCAAAAAAACAAACCAAAGUCUGUUGGGCCUACACGUGGGCUUGUUUAUGGCCCAGCAAGAGGUGAGAUCGAGUUAUCGGUGAGUGGGAAGCGAUUGCGAGUUGAGAAGGAAAGUGUUGGCCGGCCAGGUGGUGCUUUCGCCGGAAGUACAGAGGUUGAAGGUAAUGAGAGAAAAUCCGACCAGGCUCCUGAUCAGGGGAGUGCACAUGCGCAGCUAGCAUUGACGGAGAAUCUUCCCUCUGAUGGAUCAGAACCAUCGGUGGAUCAAGUAGGAGGAGACUCGAAGAGUAUGGAGAGUGGUUGUUUGUGGUUGUUAUGGAGGUCGGAGGUAGGAGAGCUUGAAGUUGUCAAGUCUACAGAUCAGUUUAUCUAUGCAAAGAUUGGAAAUGGGAUAGAGGUGAUCAACUUAAUUGUUGUGUACGCUGCUCCCACACCGAGUCGUCGGAGUGGUCUUUGGGCGUCAUUGGGGGAAGUUGUUCAGAAUGCUACAGGUCCAGUGUUCAUUGGCGGGGAUUUCAAUACAAUUGUGAGAUUGGAUGAAAGAAGUGGGGGAAAUGGGAGAUUGUCGGAGGACUCAAUAAUGUUUGGUGAUUGGAUCAAUGAGAUGUCGUUGAUUGAUAUGGGUUUUUGCGGUAACCAGUUCACAUGGAAGAGAGGAAAAACAACGAGUACCUUUGUUGCUAAACGGUUGGAUAGAGUGCUUUGUUGUGCGCAGUCUAGACUAAAAUGGCAAGAGGCUAAGGUCUCUCACCUACCUUUUAUGGCCUCAGACCACGCACCAUUAUAUCUACAGCUUACGCCUGAAGUAAAAGGGAAUGCGUUAACGCUGCGAAAGUGGAAUAAAGAAGUGUUUGGUAGUGUUCAGAGAAGGAAAGAGACCUUAGUAAUGGAGAUUAAAGAAGUUCAGAAGCAGAUUGAUACUAACUACUCUGAUGAGCUGUUGGUGAAAGAGGGUGACUUACUCAAGGAAUUUGAGAUAGUUCUUGAGCAAGAAGAGCUUAUCUGGUUUCAGAAAUCACGGGAGAAGUGGGUUGCACGUGGAGAUAGAAAUACAAAGUUUUUUCACAUGUCAACAAUUAUAAGGAGGAGACGCAACAGAGUUGACAUGUUGAAGAAUGAUGAAAAUAGAUGGAUAUCAGAUGCUCAUGAACUUGAGGAGCUCGUGAUUACCUAUUUCAAGAAGCUUUACUCUUUGGAGGACGUUGAGACUGACACGCAAAGCUUACCGGCGAGGGGGUUUGUGUGUUUAACAAAUCAAGAAUACACCAACUUGAAUAAGCCUUUUUCUGCAGAGGAAGUGGAGAAAUCGGUAAGAGCCAUGGGAAGUUUUAAGGCACCGGGACCUGAUGGGCUUCAACCUGUGUUUUAUCAAAGAUGUUGGGAGACAGUAGGCGCUUCAGUUGUGAGGUUUGUUCGUCUAUUCUUCGAGACGGGGAAGCUACCGGAGAAUACAAAUGAUGCUCUUGUUGUUCUAAUCCCAAAAGUGAUGAAGCCGGAGAGCAUCACUCAGUUUCGCCCUAUCAGCCUCUGUAAUGUGUUGUUUAAAAUCAUUACGAAAGCUAUGGUGGGCAGAUUGAAGGGCAUGAUGAAUAAGUUGAUUGGCCCUGCUCAGUCAAGCUUUAUUCCGGGAAGAUUGAGUGCAGAUAAUAUUGUAGUGGUUCAGGAAGCUGUACACUCGAUGAGGAAGAAACAAGGUCAGAAAGGUUGGAUGCUUCUGAAACUGGAUUUAGAGAAGGCCUAUGACAGGGUGCGCUGGGACUUUCUGGAGGAUACUUUAAGGGUAGCUGGAUUACCAGAGGCUUGGGUCCGACGGAUUAUGGAAUGUGUUUCUGGUCCUUCAAUGAGUAUCCUGUGGAAUGGAGAGAAGACGGAAUCGUUUAAACCAUUGAGAGGACUUAGACAAGGAGAUCUGCUGUCCCCAUAUUUAUUUGUGUUAUGUAUGGAGCGAUUGUGCCACUUGAUAGAUGAAGCAGUGGAGGAUAAGAAGUGGAAGCCCAUAAGAUUGUCGAGAGGUGGGCCGCAAUUAUCACAUAUAUGCUUUGCUGAUGAUUUAAUUCUCUUUGCGGAGGCAUCAGUGUCGCAAAUUCGAGUUAUAAAAUCAGUGUUGGAGACGUUCUGUAGAGCGUCGGGACAGAAGGUAAGCCUUCCAAAGUCCAAGAUUUUCUUUUCUCAGAAUGUGGCUAGAGAACGAGGGGAGCAGAUAAGCCGAGAGGGUGGUAUUGCAUCAACAAGGGAGUUGGAAAAAUACUUGGGGAUGCCAAUCCUACAGAAAAGAAUAAAUAAGGACACUUUCGGGGAGGUUCUCCAGAAAGUUGCUUCAAGGUUAGCAGGCUGGAAGAAGCAAACUCUAAGUCUUGCUGGAAGGGUAACUUUAACUAAGGCGGUGCUAUCAUCAAUACCGGUACAUCAGAUGAGUACAAUUUACUUGCCUGCUAGUACACUUGAGAAAUUGGAUAGUCUAUCAAGGAACUUUGUGUGGGGUGGAGGUCAACACUUGGUUGCUUGGGACAAGAUAUGUAGACCGAAAACUGAUGGUGGUCUCGGGAUAAGAAAGUCGAGAGAGAUGAACAAAGCUUUGGUGGCAAAAGUGGGAUGGCGUUUGUUAAAUGACAAUAACAGUUUAUGGGCUAGAGUGCUUCGAAAGAAGUACGUAGUGGGGAAUAUUCAUGACUCAACGUGGAGGACAGUGGGUAAAAAUGUUUCAUCUACGUGGAGGAGUGUGGCUAUGGGGAUCAGAGAAGUGGUUUCUGCCGGGCAUAGUUGGGUUAUUGGUAAUGGGAGAGGAAUCCGAUUUUGGAAGGACAGAUGGCUGGCGGGUCAAACACUGAUGUCUGUUGUAAUUGCUGACUUACCGGAGAACUACGAGAGUAUCACUGCUAGAGAUUUAUGGGUAGAAGGAAGGGGUUGGGACUUUACGAGAAUCACUCCCUUUGUCACUGAAGAGACACGACUCGAGCUUUUAGCAGUUGUGGUGAAUACUGCAACGGGAGGUCAGGACCGUUUGUCUUGGGGGGAGACACCGACGGGACAGUUUACAGUAAAAUCAGCAUAUGAUCUGAUCUCAAGAGAUGAUGCUCCUAGGGCGAAUAUGGGGAGUUUCUUUUGUAGUAUGUGGCGUGUGGUAGCACCAGAAAGAGUAAAAUUGUUCCUCUGGUUAGUCGGGAGUCAUGCAAUAAUGACGAAUGCAGAGAGAUACAGACGACAUCUCAGCGGGACUGAUGUGUGCCAGGUAUGUAGAGGAGGAGUUGAAACGAUUUUACAUGUUCUUAGAGAUUGCCCAGCAAUGGAAGGAAUAUGGAAUAAACUUGUACCAAGAACGAAGAGAGACGCUUUCUUCUCGAUGCCUUUGUUUGAAUGGCUAUACAGGAAUCUUAGUGAUAAUAAGGCAGGGGAGGCGAUUCCUUGGGCUACGAUGUUUGCGGUAUCGGUUUGGUGGGGUUGGAAAUGGAGAUGUGGUAAUGUCUUCGGAGAGAAUAGAUUGUGGAGAGACAGAGUACAAUUUUUAAUAAACCUGGCCAAGGAAGUGAUGCUGGUAAAAGAGGUGGAGAAAGGGCACAUAGUUAUUGGGCAACGCAUAGAAGUAAUGAUAGGAUGGAUACCUCCGCGGGUAGGCUGGAUGAAACUAAAUACCGAUGGAGCAUCUCAUGGAAAUCCGGGGCAGGCAUCUGCAGGAGGAGUGAUACGAAAUGGUGAUGGUGAAUGGUGUGGUGGUUUCACACUCAACAUAGGAAGGUGCUCUGCUCCGUUGGCGGAGCUUUGGGGAGUUUAUUAUGGUCAGCUGGUUGCUUGGAAAAAAAGUUUUAGGAGGUUGGAGUUGGAGGUGGAUUCUAAAAUGGUGGUGGAGUUUUUAACGACAGGAAUUGGGGAUGCUCAUUCACUGUCUUUCCUGGUGCGACUGUGCCAUGGCUUUUUGAUAAGGGACUGGUUGGUCCAUAUUGUUCACGUGUAUAAGGAAGCAAACCGCUUAGCUGAUGGUCUGGCUAACCUUGCAUUUUCUCUUCCUCUUGGUUUUCAUAGUUUUGAUGUUGCACCUAUGGAUGUUGUUACUCUAUUGAGAGAGGAUGUUGAUGGUCCCUUACGGCCACGACAGACUCGUUUGUAG